UUUCAUGAGCUCCUGAAGAUGGAGCAAAGUCUUUCCAAUCUCCUCAGCGAUGCAUUCUCAGAUUCGUCUGAUCCACUGUUCCCUGACGGAGAUUUAGACUUUGAGAAUUUAAAUUUUUAUGAAAAGUUUGAGGAAGACAAGACAGGCAUCUCUGAUGAAGACAGAGCUCUGCACCAGGAAGGAACCGGUGAAACUGCAGUUUUGUUUAGUGAUCCUGAAGAUAUAUACACGAGUGAAGGUGUUGAUAAAGAUCAAUUGGAAAAUAAAGGUGGCAGGUGUACACCAGAGGAGGAUUACACAAGCUCGGAUGGAGACUGUGAACACGACUGCUUUGUGUCUGGAGAGAAUGAAGAGGACAUGGGCACAGGAGACAAACCAGGAGACUUAUUGAUGUCAGUUUGUUGCAGUGGUGAGUUUGGUCAUGAAGAGGACAGGAUCUCUGCUGAGGGAUUCCCUUCUGCCCCGCAGGAUGCUGCAAUCCCUCAAGUUAGAAAAGUGGAACAAGGUGACAACAAGAGCGAUGAGGAGGUGUCCUAUUUUAAGCGACUCCCUGAAAGUGGCAAUGAGAUGAUGACAAAAGGUGAUGAGAUUAAACAGGAUGAGCGAGAAAGUGAAGGAGCCAAGCAAGAGUCUGACUGUGAGAGUGAGAGCAUGAGAGUGACACAAGAAGAAAAUGUGGAAAGUCCUAAUAGAAGUGAGCCUGCGACCGCCACUCUGGAAUUUCAGGAUAUAUCAGUGCAAAAUCUGCAGGGUCUCAUUGCUGAAGCUGAUGGUGAGGAAUACGCAGAGAAAAUGAAGGAAUUCUCAGGGGAGGAGCAUGAAGAGGCCGGUGAGAGCUUUGCAGAUUAUCCCUCAGACUUUUCUUCAUGUGAAUAUGUAGAAGAUGGAGUCAAACGUUUGGAAAGUGAUUCCCAGUCAAGCGCCUCGUCUCGUACGUCCAACACUUGUUCAAAUGCAAAGCAGAACGUCCGUGUGGAAGGAGCUGUGACGGAUAUAACAUGGAUGGGAACAGAGGAGGACACUGACGAGCAGGGAGGCAGGUAUCUGUGCCACAGAGAUUUGGAGAUGGAUGCUGAUGUGUUCAGAAGUUACGAUGUUGCAGUCAGAAGAAAAACAGAGACUGUUGGGAAUGUGUCGGGUGAGAGUGAAUCCUACAGCUCCAGUGAUGAUGAGGUCCAGGUGAUGAGGAGAGAGGAGGAACUUGAAAAUGACAACAAACUGGAGGACACUCUGCUUUACAGUCAAAGCGGUGCUGCCUUUUCCAGGUGGGGCAUCUCUGACGACCACCACAUUCUAAACAAUGAAGCAGAACCAGCAGAUCUCAGCAUGAACUGGGAUUUUGAGGUGUCAAAAACUGCUUCCGUCCUGUCUGAGGACCUGUCAACCGCAGAGGACACAGAUAAAGCGGAAACAGCUCUUUCACAUGCAAGUCAGCGUCCUGCAGAUGACAUCAACACCUGCUCACUCAUACAGAGAGAGGAGGGCAAAUCCACAAGUCCAUCUUACCAGGGAUCCCUGGAUGAUAGCUUCUUCUUCAACACAGAGGUCCAGGCCCAGGGGAUCACUGAGCUGGGGCAGUUGGGAGAUGAUGAAAAUGACGAGGAGAGGAGCUGGGAGCAGGAGAGAAUUAAGGCUUUCUUCAGGUUUUACAAUGACAGUGAAGGGGAGGAUGAAAGAGAAGAGAGGCAGAUAAAAGUUCAGUUUUGUGCAGAUCCCCUAUCUCAAGUCAUUCACUAUGAAACUGACAGUGACAGUGAUUCACUCAGCAGCUCCACAGACGGAGAGGACGACCCGAGUUCUGCAGAAUCAUCUGAAGAACUGAAAGAAGCUGAUGACACCCUGCAAAGGAUGCUUGCCCCUGAUCCCCCAGAGACUGAGGUGCCACAGAGCGAGCCAGAGAAGGAUGUCAGUCACAGACAAAUCUGUAGCAGAAGACACAAGUGUCUCAGCAUGCUGAAGUCAAUACUGACGAUAGGUUUGGUCGUAGUGAUGGGACUGCUGAUGUUCUGGUUGGCUGCAGACCAACCAGACUGGCUUUUCAUCUGGGACUAGUUAUGUUAUGUUAUAUUAUUAUACUGCGCUAUGGUGUGCAACAUUAUGCUAUCUUAUGUUAUGCUAUGCUUUAAUUUGCUAUGUUCAGCAAAACAAAGCUAAAUUGUUAUUACAUGCUAACUUGCAGGCUUUGUUAUGCUAUGCUAUGCUACACUAUGCUAUUUUAUGCAAGAUAUGCAGUGUAAAAUGCUAAAUACUGAUAAUUGGAAACCAUUAUCUUUAAUAUGCAUUAAAUGUGUAACAUGAACCAUAGAUAAGACAUGUUCCCUUUAAAUCAGGGCUAAAUGGGCCUAUAGCUAAGGCCUUUACUUAUAUUGUAUUUUUGGUGAAUUAUUAAUA